CAUCCUCCUCUACGUGUUGGUGCCUUCAAUGUCAGAGCUUUUGGUAGAGCGAAGAUGGAGAAUGAAGACAUCGUUAAACAUUUAGUUAAGAUUGUUACUCGAUAUGACGUCAUGUUACUACAGGAAAUCCGGGAUGCAACUGGAACAGCCAUCGGGCAGCUGUUAGCAACUGAUCGUGUGGUGAUAGAAGACACGUUCCAGUACAAUGAUGAUGCUUAUGAUGUGUUUGAGAGAGAACCGUUCUGUGUUUUAGUGGAAGCACUCACUCCAGGAAACGAAAAUUUUGCUGCUUGUGGAAUUCAUAUUAAACCGACGGAUGUGGUUCAAGAGUUGAAUGAGUUACCUCAAGUUUAUGGUAAUGUUACAAAGGAAUUCAAUACUGAGAACGUUAUGUUUUUGGGUGAUUUUAAUGCGGAAUGUUCCUAUCUGGAUGAAACCGAACUGGCAGAAAGUCCCAUAUACAAUGACCCUAAGUACACCUGGGUAAUCUCAUCUGAAGUAGACACAACAACCAGUUGUGGAACAAAUUGUGCAUAUGAUAGAAUUGUGAUAACGGGAGAUCUUCUGACUGAAGCUUUGAUUGACAAAUCUGGUAUUGCCUACAAGUUUGACCGGGAGUAUGAUUUGGAGACUGAUGAGGCUUAUAAGGUUAGUGACCAUUACCCAGUAGAAGUGUGUUUACUGUUACCAUGGUAA